AUGCUCAGGCGCGCCUGGAAACCCAUACUGGGUACUUCCGUCCUAGUCGGUGCCCCCACCUAUAUCUACUACCGCUAUAACUCAAAACCGAACCGGGAAACGUUUGACAUCUCCAUCAAGGCUACAGGCCCGGACGGAAAACGACAUGUCGUCACCCAGGCCAUCCCGCUCCUCACCAAGGACGAAGUCGACACACGUAUCCGCGAGCACGCCGCCGCGCAAAGCGUCACUCGUCAUGGCGGCAUCGUUUGGAAGUCCCAGACCGCACGCCUCGCGUCGAACGACCCUAUCGAGGAUGCGAACGCGAGCCUGCUCAUCGAGCGCGACGCGUCCGAUGCGGCCCCGCUCGGUGACUACCUCUUCUUCGCCGUCAUGGACGGCCACGGCGGCCCGCACACCUCUCGUGUCCUCUCGGACGUCCUCAUCCCCACUGUUGCGAUGGAGCUCGCCUCGCGAAUCAACGACCCGAAUGCAUCCCUGUCCGACGCCGGGUUGAUUGCGAAGGCCAAGUCUCUCGUCUGGCGUCCCUCGUCUGCGCCUUACGACGCCGACCCCGCUAAUGUAGCGCGCGCCAUCGAGGCAGCCUUCAACAAGCUGGACGCGCAGAUUGUCAGCGCACCCCUGGAAAUCCUCGCUAACUCUGUGAAUCCGGAAGACCUGAAGAAGAGGCUCAUACCGGACCUCAGCCAGCACCCGCUGGGGCAGUCUAGCAUACAUACUGCUAUGUCUGGCAGCUGCGCACUGCUAGCACUGCUAGAUACCUCAAACCGCAACAUGUAUGUCGCGGUGACUGGCGACAGCCGUGCUGUUGCGGGUGUGUACGAGGAGACGAAUGAUGGUAAGGGCACCUGGCGCGUCGAGGUGCUCACAGAGGACCAGACGGGCCGUAAUCCCAAUGAGCUGAAGCGGCUACAGUCUGAGCACCCGGCAGAUGAGGCACAGUCUGUCGUACGAAACGGUCGCAUUCUCGGCGGUCUCGAGCCCAGUAGAGCGUUCGGUGAUGCCCGCUACAAGUGGCCACGCGAGGUCCAGGAGGUAUUGAGCAAGGCUUUCAUGGAACCUAGAGGCGAGUCCAUGCGCGCCGCGCCCCCGACGCUCAAGACUCCGCCCUACGUGAUCCCCACACCAGUCGUUACGCACCGUCCGCUUUCCUUCCUCCCGCUCCCCUCCGAUGCCUCCACGCCUGCGCCGCGCUCUGCACUGCGCUUCCUCGUGCUCGCGACAGACGGUCUCUGGGACGAGCUCUCGAACGAAGACGUCGUCGCGCUCGUCGGCGGACACCUUGCUGGUCUGCGCGGCACCAUCCCCAAGGCGGAGCUUGCGCAGCGCGUACCCACGGCGGCCGGCUCUGCCGGCGUUGACGGCAAGGAGAAGGCCGUGCGCUCGACACAGCGGGGCUCGUGGGCGUUCGAAGACGACAACGUUGGGACGCACCUCAUCCGCAACGCGCUCGGGAGCGGGGACCAGGAGCACCUGCAGAAGCUCGUGAGCAUCCCCGCGCCGCACUCGCGGCGCUUCCGGGACGACAUCACCGUCACGGUCGUGUGGUGGGAGGAUGGCCGCGAGGCGCAGGCGCAGGCGGAGCGGGUGGCCGUCGCGCCGGGGCAGGCUGGGGAGCAGGCGAAGGCGAAAUUAUGA